AUGCCUUCCUUCCCGAAAGCCCUUCCGUUCAACUGCACCACAAGUCUGUUUUCGUCCCCUGAGCUGGUCUCAGUUGAGCGAGUUGACACCCGGUUCUUCUAUAUCGAGGAACUAUUCCUCUCAGGAUGGAAGCACAGCAACAAAGAAAGAAUGCGUGUUACGAAGAUCUUCGAGGUCAAGUACGACAAGGAGGGCAUGCAGUCGUACGAGAAAUAUAGAGACAGGAAGGCAUUUCAUACGGAGUCCUUUCAGUUUCAUGGUACACCCAAAGGCUGCCCUCUUGGCCAAGAAGACAGCUAUGCCCAGCCUUGUCUAUCGUCUUCGUGCGCGCUCUGCUCUAUACUUCGUGGAUCAUUUGAGGUGGAACGAAGCGGCGCGAGGCAUAAUUUCCAGAGAUUCGGAAAAGGGAUCUACCUAACCUCAAUCUCAUCGAAGGCUGACGACUACGUCGACGACGCAUCUGGACUUGCGGAGCUCCAGGCCUCAAACUCAAAGGCCAUGAUCCUCGCACGCGUCGUUCUAGGGAGGCCACGCAUCCUGACACGCACAGACCAGCGUCUCAAAGCCGCGCCUCGCGGUUACGACUCGGUGACCGGCCAACCAGGAGGAGAUCUGAAUUACGAGGAGACGGUCGUGUACGAUAACGAUGCGGUUCGACCUGCGUUCGUCGUCAUGUACGAGCCCGAUUUCCCGGACCCAGUCGAUCUGGAUGGGGACGAAGCGUUGGAAGAGCUGUUCUCCGAGCUGGGCUUGGACGAUUCGGACGACGAUACGCUCGAGGAUACCACCGGAAGUCUAAGUGGUGUCAGUGGGGACAUCUCUGCGAUCUUGAUGGGUCUGGGGUUGAUCAGCUCCGAUGGAGAGUCGAGGGGGAAGCUCUGGCUGGACUGAG